AUGCACACCUUCAGCUUCCUGUGCGCCUUUGGCCUCUUGGCUUCUCUUCAGGUGACCCGGGCAUUUUUCUUUCAUUCUUCUUCUUCGGAGGAGGAAGAAACUGUCCAGGUGGUAGCCUCAGACAGCACUGAGAUCGUGAACAAGCACAAUGACCUGAGGAGAAGUGUUCAGCCCACUGCCAGCAACAUGCUGAAAAUGAGCUGGAGCUACCAGGCUGCAGCCAACGCUCAGAAAUGGGCCAACAGCUGCUCCAUGAAACACAGCCAUAAAAGCGCCAGGACGAUCAGCACUAGUGGCUGUGGAGAGAACCUGUACAUGUCCAGCAGCAAGAACUCGUGGAGUGACGCCAUCCAGGCCUGGUACGACGAGGUGAAGGACUAUCAAUACGGAGUGGGAGCAAUCAACUCAGGAAUGAUCGGGCACUACACACAGGUUGUGUGGUACAGGUCCAACUUGAUCGGCUGCGCAAUGGCCCACUGCCCCAACUCUCAAUACAAGUACUUCUAUGUGUGCCAGUACUGCCCACCGGGGAACUCUCAGUUCACUCACCCCUACAAAGCAGGACCCUCCUGCGGUGACUGCCCCAACGCCUGCGACAACAAACUGUGCACCAACCCCUGUCCCCACAUCGAUCAGUACAGUAACUGCCCGGACCUGAAGAAGCAGCACGGUUGCACCAACCCGGACGUGGCCACUUGGUGUCCCGCCUCCUGCAAGUGCAGCUCUCAAUUCAUUUAAAUGCCACAUGUACCCCCCCCCCCCCCCACACACACACACCGUGGGUUUCGACUCAUCGGUCAGUUUC